UUUGUUUUCGUCAAGAUUCAGAAUUUUAAACUCUAUCAAAUUUUGAAAUGCUAAAAUAAUUGUAAUAAAUUUAGGCAUUCCAUCAAAAUUAUAGCGAUGGACCAAACGUUAGAACCACGAUUGCCCACGGAUUUGGAAGUUGGUGCUGGGAGGCUGGUCAUACAGUUCCUCCAAGAGAACAAAGAUGGGGCAACUGCGAGUGACAUCAUAAAGCACGUGAGGGAGGACUUGAGCAACGAUACCAAAGAUUUGGACAAAUUGGUCGAGGCGAUAUUGGAGAAUGGGACAGCUCUGGGAUUCUUGGAAAGGAAAGGAUCUCAUUAUAUGAACUGGAUGGCGCGUGACACUUGUGGGAAGAGGCGCAGGAGUUGCAGCAGGAGAAGGCGUCGUCGUAAGAUCAGACGAAGAAGUUGUCGAAGGCGUUCACGCAAAUGCUAGUUUUCUCUCUCACUCGAUAGUUGUUUGUCCCGUG